AUUUAGGCUUAAAAACUGGGAAAGUAAAAGUUUUCUUUCUGCUAAUAGUAACAUCAUUGGAAGUUGGAAACGAAAAGAAAAAAAGAUUGGUGGUAUAUAUAUAGCAAACUAAUAGAAGUAAGUAUUCACGGGGGGCGGCUUAUUGUUGCUACCAUUCACUUUAUAUAAGAAUCCCCUUGUUCUCUCUAUCUGUGUGCUUCAUUUGUUUUCUCUCUAGCUGUUACUCAUUUCCUUUGUUAGGUCACUUGUUUUGGUUUUGGGGAGGGGCAUGGAUACGCAAGCUCAGGAGGAAUUUGUGGGGUCUAAUGAUCAUCAAGCCUUGAUCAUGAAAGGCAAGCGUACGAAGCGCCAAAGGUCCUUGUCCCCGUUUGGUGUCACGGUGACUUCUAGCUCGUCAAGUGCUUGUGAUGGUGAUGGUGAUGUUGGUGGUGGUGGUGGUGGUGGUGGAGGAGGAGGAGUGGCGGAGGAAUAUAACUCAAUUUCCUCUCCGACGACGUCUGGUGAGAUUUAUGAGAGCACUGAGGAAGAAGAAGACAUGGCUAAUUGCCUAAUCAUGUUAGCACAAAGUGAUGGUCCAAAAAGGAGCAGUAUUGAAGAGAAAUUCAAGAUUGAAAAGUUUGGUGCUCGGAAGUUCUCCGAGAUAGCUACUACAACAAACAAGGCUGGGUUUUAUGUGUACGAGUGUAAAACUUGUAACCGAUCUUUCCCUUCAUUCCAAGCACUAGGAGGACACAGGACGAGCCACAAGAAACCCAAGGGCGCCAUGGCAGAAGACAAAAAACCAGUUGUUUUGGCAGUUAAAGAUCGUGAUGUUGAAGAAGCACAAUUCAACAGGGAAAAUCCUGUUCUUGCUUUACAAGUAAGUAACAACAACAAGGCUAAUUGUCAUGGGAACAAGGGUAAUAAGAUUCACGAGUGUUCAAUCUGUGGCUCUGAAUUCACGUCUGGUCAAGCCCUCGGAGGUCACAUGAGACGUCACAGGGCAGCAGCAGCAGCUGCGGCUGCGGCUGCGGCUGCGGCUGCUGCAAGCAAUCAAACUGCCAUGAGUGUUGAUACAACCAGCACUACAAUUGACUCCAGCAAUGGCGAUGACAUCAAGCCAAGAAAUAUUCUAUCGUUGGAUCUUAAUCUUCCUGCACCAGAAGAUGAUCUCAGGGAUUCCAAGUUCCAAUUCGGAACACCCCAACAAGCUAUUGUUUUCUCCACACCAGCUUUGGUAGAUUGCCAUUACUAAACCAAAAGAAACCCAACAAAAAAAAAUCAUGAAUCAAUGUAAAUUACAAUUAGUAUUGUUUCAAUUCGAAAUUAUUAUUACAACUAUCAAAUUACAUCAAUUAUUAUUCUUUGAAUUUUA